AUGGGGGACCUCAAGGAGGCGGGGGCCGAGGCUCCGCCGGUGGGCGCCGCUGCUCCAGGAAGGCUCAGCCUUCUGCCGCAGGGAGAGGCCGAGGAAUCCUCGACACAGGGGUCCGCUCUGUUCCUGGGUGGCACGGAGGUGAAGAGCCGCGCUGUGGUGAAAUAUUCUUCUGCCCCUCCUCGCACAGCAUUUGCCCGCCUCGAGGAGAAGACGGACCUGAAGCUCCCACCUGCCAACUGGUUGCGAGAGAGUGCCAAGCUGGGGCCGGCGGGGACCACCAUUCUUGGCCAUAGUAAGAGAAGCAAGCCAUUUUCAAGUUUUGGUAUGGCGUACGACUUUAUUGAUUCGGUGGGAAAUGAUGUGGAUGUGGUGUCUGACUCUGAAAACAUAAAAAAGCUCCUGAAGAUUCCCUACAGCAAGUCUCACGUGAGCAUGGCGGUGCACCGCGUGGGAAGGACGCUCCUGCUGGACGAGCUUGAUAUCCAAGAACUGUUCAUGAGGUCAUCACAGACUGGGGACUGGACGUGGCUGAAGGAGUUUUACCAAAGGCUGAUUGACCAGAAGUGGCAGAGGAAGAAGAAGAGCAAGGAGCACUGGUAUCAGAAAGCCAUCCUCUCCAAGUUCCUGUAUUACAGUAUUAACGGUGAUGGAGCUGCACAGCCAGUGUCGUCUGCUGCCGACCAGCAGGAGUCAUCCGGUGCAGGUCAGACACAAGGCGCGGAGGGGCCUUCAUGGCCGGCCCCUUUUGAAAUGCCUGCCUCGGUCUCUGAAGAUCCCAGUGCCUCGAAUCAGGAAAGGGAGCCUUUGGGGCCCUCAUACUUAUGGGGGCAUGUGGCCUCAGCACCCAAAGAACAAAACCUGACUGCUUUAGUCAGUGACGGGGAGAACAGUCAGGGUCUUAAAAAUGAUUUUGUUCGGAAUAUUUUGUGGACAUUUGAGGAUAUACAUAUGCUGGUUGGCUCCAACAUGCCUAUAUUUGGAGGAGGCAGAUAUCCAGCGGUCAGCUUACGUCUCAGGGAUAACAACAAACCAAUUAAUGUGCUAACUGGAAUUGACUAUUGGUUGGACAACUUGAUAUGCAACGUACCAGAGCUUGUGAUGUGUUUUCAUGUCAACGGGAUUGUGCAGAAGUACGAAAUGAUCAAGACAGAGGAGAUCCCCAAUUUGGAAAACUCCAAUUUUUCCACUAAAGUCAUAAAGGACAUUGCACAGAACAUCUUAUCGUUUCUGAAGUCAAACUGUACCAAAGAAGGCCAUACCUACUGGCUGUUUAAAGCAAGUGGCAGUGAUAUAGUGAAGCUCUAUGACCUCACGACUCUGUGUGAGGAAACUGAAGACAAGUACCAAAACCCGUUCACGAUGCCGGUGGCCAUCCUCCUGUACAGGGUUGCUUGCAACAUGAUGGUGAAGAAGACUCAAAACAAGAAGCACUAUGGGACGAUUAGGACGUUGCUCCUUAAUUGUGUUAAACUGUUGGACAAAAGCAGGCACCCUCAGAUUAUUGCUUCAGCCAAUUACAUGCUUUCAGAACUUUUUCAAUUGGAUGAACCUAAAAAAGAGGAAAGUUCAGAAUCUCCUUUAAAUGAGAACUCUGAUGAAAGUUACAGUGAGGAGGAGGAGGAGGAGAUGCCAGACAGCGAUGAAAACGGAUCCUACAGCACCAGCUCUGACCCCUCAGAGGACAACAAGGCGGUGGCUAUAAUUAAGUCUGUUGGAGAAUUGUCAGUCCCUGAAAAAUACAAAUCCAUCCAUCAGAUCAGACCAAGCUGUGCGUUUCCAGUUUGCCAUGACACAGAAGAGCGCUGUAGACUGGUUCUUAGCUACGUCCUAGAGGGUUUAAAAUCUGUGGAUAGCAGCAUCAAAAAAGAAGGUGACCUUCCUGCAGCUGACCCCAACACCCCGAUUCCACUGAAGUAUGAGGAUGAAUCCACUCAGGGGGGUCCUGAGGGCCUGGAGAAGCAGAUGGCCUUGUUUCUGGACAAAAUGGGCUCCCUGCAGAAGGGCCAUUACUCCAGUCAGUCUGGGAUGACCCCUGGGUCGUGGCAACAUAAGAUGAAACUUCAGCUGAUUCUCAAGUCAUCCAAGGCCUACUAUGUUUUGUCUGAUGCUGCAAUGAGUCUUCAGAAAUACGGAAGAGCCUUGCGAUACAUUAAGUUGGCCUUGCAGAGCCAUGAUACCUACUGCUGCCUGUGCACCAAUAUGCUUUCGGAAGUGCUGCUGUUCCUUUCUCAAUACCUGACGCUCUGCGGGGACAUCCAGUUGAUGCUGGCCCAGAAUGCAAAUAACAGAGCCGCACACCUUGAAGAGUUUAAUUAUCAAACCAAAGAGGAUCAGGAGAUACUGCACAGCCUCCACAGAGAGUCCAGUUGUCAAGGAUUUGCGUGGGCCACUGAUCUAUCUACAGAUUUAGAAAGUCAGCUUUCAGUUAGUUGUAAAUGUUAUGAAGCUGCUAAUGAAAUCUUACAGUUCAGUGACCUAAAAAGCCAGAAUCCAGAGCACUACGUACAAGUCCUGAAGAGAAUGGGUAACGUUAGAAAUGAAAUCGGUGUGUUUUAUAUGAAUCAGGCUGCUGCGUUGCAGAGUGAGCGAGGAGUGAGCAAAAGUGUGUCUGCUGCAGAGCAACAGUUGUGGAAAAAAAGCUUUUCUUGUUUUGAAAAGGGAAUUCACAACUUUGAGUUAAUCGAUGACGCUACAAACACUGCCCUUUUAUUGUGUAACACGGGAAGGCUGAUGCGAAUCUGUGCACAGGCGCACUGUGGAGCUGGCGACGAGCUGAAACGUGAAUUCUCACCGGAAGAAGGCUUAUAUUACAAUAAGGCUGUUGAUUACUAUUUGAAAGCUCUUAGGUCAUUGGGUGCACGAGAAAUACACCCCUCCGUUUGGGAUUCGGUGAACUGGGAACUGUCCACUACUUACUUUACUAUGGCGACUCUCCAACAAGAUUACGCCCCACUGUCCAGAAAAGCUCAGGAACAGAUUGAGAAAGAAGUCAGUGAGGCCAUGAUGAAGUCACUGAAGUACUGUGACGUGGACUCGGCGUCUGCUCGGCAGCCCUUGUGUCAGUACCGGGCUGCGACCAUCCAUCACAGGCUGGCUUCCAUGUACCACAGCUGUCUGCGCAACCAGGUUGGUGACGAGCAUCUUAGGAAGCAGCACCGGGUCCUGGCAGAUCUCCACUACAGCAAAGCUGGGAAGCUUUUUCAGUUACUGAAAGACACUCCAUGUGAACUACUGAGAGUGCAGUUAGAAAGAGUAGCAUUUGCGGAAUUUCAGAUGACCAGUCAGAAUAUGCUGGAUGUGAGCGGGCCCCUGGGGAAGGCCAUGCUUACCUGCUGCGUCUCCUGCCUGCUGGCUCCCAAGAGUGAUGAGCCUGCCCCAGCUGCUGAUGUGGCUCCUAAUCUCAAUGGAGAGGAAGUGGUGAGACUCCUUGGCAUAUUUGAAUCUCGGCUGUCAUUCCUUCUCCUUCAAUCCAUCAAACUACUCUCUUCAACUAAAAAGAAAACAAGUAACGUGGAAGAUGAUGUCGUCCUCAGAGCCCACAAGCAGGUUUACUCCCAGCUUCUGAGAGCGACAGCGAACAGAGAUGCGACUCUCUCGGAGAGGACCGGCGUCGUGGUCCGCUUGCUGGACCAGCUUGCCCGCAGCGGCGGGAGCUUCGGCGGCAUGGCUCAGCUGGCCAGCCCGUCCAGCUGUGGCCUCACGUCACCGUUGCGCCUCCACCUCACAGGCGGCCGGCCGUCUGCUCACCAGCCAGGCUUCCUUGAGGGAACUGGCACCGCACUGGAGAGCAGCAGCCAGGAACAGCGCAGGUCCGUGCCAUACACCACGCAGGCACGGAGUGCUCCGAGUCAGGAGGUGAUGUUCACGCUCUGCACCAGGUCUGACUUCGGGCAGGACGCGGGCCUCCUGGCUGUGGCUGCCUGCCUCCCCGGCCUGCAGCUGGGGUGGACGCACUGUGGAGACGGGCCUGGAGCCGACAGGAAGGCCAAGCAGGGCCCCGCAGGACGCUCGCGCAUCACCUACCUCCCUAAGCAACCAAGAAUUAUUCAGCGGAUUGUAUCUUGA